AUGGUCCAUCACCAAACCGUUGAUAAGAAAUAUAAACAUCAUUGUAGAGAGGACGAGAGGAAGGUCUCUAGGAAGCCCAAAUUAGAGAAAAAAUGGAGCCAGUUAGACAGAAAUUUUGCUUUGAAAAAUUCUUCCCAUAGUGAUUAUUCUAACAAGUCUCAAAUGAUAAAUCCAAAAAUAAACGAAGAAUCUCUAAUUAAAAAAAAGUCAAAUAGAACUCAAAUCGCCGAUAAUAAAGUACAAGAAAUUGUAGAAGAAGUUUUGAGAAAAUUUUCUUGUCAUAUCGAAAAUAUGUGUAAUAAGAAAAUUGAAUUGUUCUUACAGAAUUUCAAACAGCAAAUAAAGAAAAAGAAAGGGGAAAGAGAAUUGGCAAAAUCAAGCAAUAAAGUCAAAGAUGAAAUAAUUAUAGAAAUUUUAAAACGGCUUGGUAAUGAAAAGCCGCCGAGUUCAGGAGCGAUAAAAAAGAAGCGCAAAUCCAACGACACUAUUGAAAUACAAAAUAUGAAUUGUGAGCCCAAACAAGUAUUUUUCACGUCGGAAAUAAGCAACAAAAUACCAGAAAAAGAUACAACUUCCUCCAACAAUAACGUUAACAGUUCAUCUAAAAGCUCACAAAAGUCAACAAAACCGCAAUUGAAGGAUUUUUCUUGUCAAAUGAUGAAUCAAAUUAAUACACAGAAAAAAUUUCGCCAUAAAAAAGUACGAAAAACAAAUUCUAGGAAGUUAAUUGGAUUUCCAGCUUCUGUUUCAAGAAAAGCAAAUUUAAUUUCCUUGGCAGAAGGAAGUAGAUCCCAGACAAGUUCAAGUGAGCACUUGUUGCAAGCAAUCGAAAAAUCUUCUGGGGUUCGUAAAAAAGCAGAACCAAAACCAAGAAGCUUUUUGCCUGGAAGACUUGAAAAAUAUUCCUUGCCGGGUCCUUCUAAACCAACAAUUAAUCAUAGCAAAAAACUAAUAACUCUGUUUCCUGAAAACUUGAGAAAUUUGCAGUUGGAAUGCGAUGCACUGUCAAUAUUAGCUAAUUUUUGCAGAUUCGCAGAAUCAAAUCCAACUCAAUUCAGAAAUAUAUCUCACAAAAUAUUGAAAGAGUUUAGCGAAAGCUCGAAACGUAUAGAAGAACAACCGGAUUUAAAACAGCUUUUGUUUGGGUCCCUAAAGAACCAAGAUCCACCCACAUUAUUAGUUCCAAAAGAUUUUAGCGGUUUAAAGAACGUAAACAGGGAAUUGUUGAAGACAUCAUCAACUUCCUUACAUAUUGAUAAAAAAUGUUCAACGAGUGUUCAACAACCUUAUUGUCCGAUAUUGGCCAGCAAAAAUUUGGAUAAGUGCAUGAAAAUCGACUUCCAAAAAGCAAGGGAUAUUGGUGGAAAUGAUGCUUGUUAUGAGAAUGAAAAAUUCAGGUUGAAUAAAAAUAUAGCCGAAACGGAAAUAAGAAAAGAUGUUUUAAAAACACAAUCUGAAAUGUGUUCCAAUAAAUACGAGAAAAAUCAAGUGUUUAUCAAGCCUGUACUUUCCAAAGACACGGUAAUCAGUAAAACAACAAAAAAAUCAAGGUUUAGAGCAUUUCUGGACGAACAAAAUAUCGGGAAAACAUCCGGACAUUGCCAAACCGAAUUCGAGCCAAAUACUGAUAAAUCAAAAGAAGUGGAUUAUAGUCAAGAUAAAAUUUGUAAAUUAGUAACUGCUAUUCAGGAACGAUUGCACCGUUCGAAAAAAAAUUUAAAAACUACUGAAACCUCUGUAAGUACCGCGUUCUUAAAGAAUUCGAAAUCAGAUAGAAGUAGUAAAAGUUUUGCUGCUUUAUACAAAACUUAUGAAGAUUUGGAAGAGAAAUUUGCAAAACCUGAAAAAAUUAUUAUUGGAUCACAAACAUCAGGUGUUAUAAGUCAGAUAAAGAAAUAUCAAGACAUGAGUGUUGGUGGAGGUCCUGAGGAAAUAUUUCCAAUUAAAAAAUCGCAAAUACCUAUUCGACAUUUUAAUACAGCUGCACUGCCGCCAAAACCAAAAACAGCCCCUCAGCAAAAUGAAAUUAAGCCUGCAAGAUUUAAAUCGAGCCGCCCAAGUACAGUUCGUAAUGAUUUAUGGAAAAACUUGAAAGAUGUUCCUCAAAGAAGUCGUUUAGCAUCUAGAUUGGGUUUGGAAGAUACAAGCCCAAACAAAUUGCUCACUAAAAACGAUUCUAUAACCAGUGAAGUGAGCUCCUAUGCAAAACGCAAACAAUACGAUCGUGAAAGGCGCGAAAAACUAAUGCAGAAAACCAAUCUAUUGUUAAAAAUAAAUGUUAAUUAUAUGAAUGUACAAAAUGAGAGAAGCAGGAGGAACUUAUAUGACCUUGAACUGGAAAAUCUUUCGAGCAAAUUUAGAACGAAACCUUCAAAUCCUGACGAAAUCACAAGUGCUUUAGAUGAAAUUGAAAAGUGUGUCAAUUCUUGUUUAAAUCGACUAAAUAACGAUCUUGUGGUUUCUACAAAUAUAACAAACAAAUAA